AUGGAGCCGGCGCUGCAGCAACGGGAUCAUGAAGUCGAAAACAACACUGAGCUAACGCAUGCCAAACCCGAACCGAGACCCGCCGCUACUGCCGACGACCACCGGGAGACGCCCAAGAUGCUGGCUCACGACUCCAUGGUCACCGUCAGGCUAUCCGAGCCGCCUGUCCUGACUCUCGACACCAGCAUCAGCCCCGACUCUCCUCCGAUGAGGAGACCCAGCACCGUUCGAAUCGAAAAGGUGCCGUAUUCUGUUGAGAAGGCAGAGGCGGAGAACCUGCGUAAGAGCGAGACCGACGAUUCGCCGCCUAGUGACCCAGCCACGCCACUACCUGCCACGAACUCCACGAAGAGCCUCCAGGACGAGCUUGUGGACUGCGAGGAGGACAACGAAGAAGGAGACGAGGGUCGAGCUCAAGGAGGCCUUGGAGAGCCUCAAGCUCAGAGCAUCCCCGAGGAGGAGGAGGAGGAAGAAGAAGAAGAAGAAGACGAAGAAGAAGACGAAGAGGUCAAUUGGGACGAAUUGCAAAAAUCAGAAGCACAAGAGCCUAGGGACGCAGACACAGACAGAUCAACAGCCAUGUUGUUGGCUAUGCUGGAGCAGGAAAACGACAAGCUAGCCACGAACCCCAAGAGCAUCAAAGUUCAGGCUGUUGAGCAAGUCGCCGCUUCCAAUCGCCCCAGACCGCCAUCGAUGGCACAGUUACGACACAUGGUCCACGGGCCAACGCCCCCAGCCCUGCGAUACUCGAUGCUCCCGCCGCCGCCGAUGACGGAUCUAGAGUUUUACGCUGCACUCGUUAAGGACUACCAGCAGACGGCUGCUCGAUUGCCGACUCUCCUCUCCAACAAGAUCCGCAAAGGCAUCCCUCCUCCUCUACGAGGAGUUGUGUGGCAAAGCAUGGCGGGCGCUCGCGACUCGGCACUAGAAGAGCAAUUCGAGCGAUUCAGCGGGGAGACGAGCCCCUACGAACCCAUUAUUGGUAAAGAUCUUGGGCGAAGUUUUCCAGGCGUCGACAUGUUUCGCGACCCCGAAGGCGACGGGCAGCGCAUGCUCGGCAGAGUGUUGAAAUGCUUCAGUCUCUACGAUACAAAGAUUGGUUAUUGCCAGGGACUCGCAUUUCUUGUUGGUCCGCUAUUGAUGCACAUGCCUGACAAGCAGGCGUUUUGCGUAUUGGUCCGCUGUUUCCUGCCCGACCUGUCAGGACUGCAUGUGCGCAUCCAUCAAUUCCGAGAGCUCCUUCGAGAACACAUGACGCCAGUGUCGAACCACCUAGAGGACCUGCAAGUCGAUCCGGCGUACGUUUCACAGUGGUUCCUCAGCUUUUUUGCCGUAACAUGUCCCCUGCCAAUGCUGUUUCGCAUCUACGAUGUUAUCUUUGCCGAGGGGGCCCCGGAGACCCUGAUGCGGGUCGCCCUAUCCCUGAUGCAGAAGAACCAGGCCCGGAUAUUAGCGUGCACCGAGCUCGAGGAUGUCAUGCAACUCCUCCUUUCGAGAGGUCUCUGGGAUUGUUACCAUUACAACGCAGACGAGUUUGUCCAGGAUUUUGUCAGUUUAUCGGGCGUUGUCACUCGAGAGAAAUUGCUCCAGUUGGAACAGGGGUACCGAGACGCGCAGAUCGCUAGCGCAAAUGCGGCGCGUUCCUCCGACGUGACCACUGCAGCCUCCCGAUUCCUCGGCCGCAUUUGGGCUUCCUCCACCAUCAUCUCCCCGAAGUCCUCCUCCACCCUCAGCCCGGGCCUCACCGCUCCGUCACGGCCUUUGAGUAUGUUGCGCAGGAGCACCUCUAAGCAGAGCCUGGCCUCCACCCUCAAUUCGAUGGAAGCCAGCUCCGUCAGCGUCCUCAGUUCUGCAUCCACCGAAGCCACUACCGUAUCCCGAGACUCAUCCAACACCGACGACAAUUCAUCCCUCCGCGAAUCGACGCCCAUCCCUGGCGGCAAGGCACUGUACGGCAACGGCGGCAAGAACAACAAGGAAAAUGCCCUGCAUACCCAGAUCGAAGACCUUCUCACCGCCUUGACCGAAUUGCAACGAAACCACGCCCAGCUCGCGAACGAACUACAGAAAGAAAGAGAACAGCGCGAGGAGGAUAAACAGGCCGUCCGAUCGCUGCUAGAUGGUCUGCGCAAGAAGGCCAGCAACGACUCUGUUAGUACCGAUGCGAGCGUCGAUACUCUCAAAGCAGCCGAUGACCCCGCAGCUAAGGCACGCGAGGGAGGCCAGGGAGACGUGUCCACUUCCAAGACUGAUGAGCAGGCCGGACCCUCACCAGAGGAUCUAUCGCAGCUCCUCGACACCGUUGAGGAACGGUUUGGGCGUCAUGGCAGCAGCGAUCGUAGAAUGUCCCGAGGAGAGUCAAAGUCGCAGAUGCAACAGGAAUUGCAGCAACUCAAGGAUCAGCUCGCCAGUGCGGUGUCGCAAUCCCAGGACUACAACCGAAAGAUCCACGACUUGGACCAGGAGAUAUCCGCCCUGAAGGAUCAAGUGCGUGAAUCACACUCACACGCACGCCUCCUGCACCAAGACAAACAGCGACUAGAGAAACAGAUACAUAGCAUGAGGGCGCGGGCAUCGGCCGCCGAAGCGGAUAGUAAUACUCAGCACGACAGCGAUGGACCCACGCGGAAGAGCUCUGCGAGCGGCUCAAGUGGCUUGAGAGAGCUCAAGCUUGGUAGGAGCAAGUCGACACCGUCUCAAGCCGGAUCGAUGUUUAACAAGCGGUCUUCGUCUCUGCCCAAGCCUCACGACUCAACCCCUCCACCAUCCACCCAGGCCCCUCCACCUAUGCCACCUACGGACGACCAACACGAGGCGUUGUUGCUGGAGCUCGUUCAGGCCAAGACUGCCGAAGCUAUCGCCAGGCAAGAGGCCGAAGAGACCAAGCAGAAACUGGAAAGCCUGCGCAAGGCCUAUGGUCUCGCGGCCGCAGAGACACCGCCAGCGGUAGGACCGGCCGCCUCGGCCGCCACAGCCGCCAUGGGCGUUUUCGGCCGUCUUACCGGCGCAACUACAGAACCCAUCAAACCCGCCUCACCGGCGACAACUCCGGCUGCGGCUGCGGCGCCUGCGGCCGGAGGAUUCUGGGGCUGGAGGAGAUAG